CUUACUUCAAGUAUUGCUCAAUAAGUUGCGAAGUUGCUGAGUCUGCGUUUGGCUUUAGCGGACUCAUCUCGGACAUUUCAAAAAUGUAUUAAGUUUUCAAGAUGCAGAUCUGAUGUGCAGCCAGGAGAUAAUACUUGUGAAAAGAUGAAGAUUGCAUUGCUCCCUAGAGAAGUGCAGUCGUACAUUAGGACAGGGGUUGCUAUCACGAGUGUGAGCCAGUGUGUUGAGGAAUUGGUGCUGAACUCCCUGGAUGCAGGAGCCUCCUGUGUCGCUGUCAGGCUUGAUCUUAACUGCUUCAAGGUUCAGGUGGUGGACAAUGGGUUGGGCAUCUCCAGUGACCAGCUUAACAUUCUGGGCAAUAGAUUCUGCACCAGUAAGUGUCAUGGUCUAGGUGAUCUGGAGAACCUGACCCACUAUGGAUACCGUGGGGAGGCGCUGGCCAGUAUUCGGGACAGCUGUAGCAUCCUGGAGGUCACCACUCGCUCCAGCCACUCCGCACACACAUACUGUAAACUCUUCCAGGAAGGGAAGCAGAUGACAGUGACUCAGUCCACUGUGAACAGGCCAAGCAAGGGGACCACAGUGACUGUACAUGAGUUGUUCCGCAACUUCCCUGUGCGCCAGAAAUCUCUCAACAAGGUGUACGAGCUUGAGAGGGUUCGAGAAAUCCUGGAGAGCAUUGCUUUGAUCAGGCCAAAUAUAUCACUCACACUACGCAAUGACAGUUCAGGCAAUAUUAUCUUCCAGACAAGGAAAUGUGUGGACACUGUAGCUGUUUUCUCACAACUGUAUAGCCCUGGAAAAGCCAAAAUGCUGGUCACUGUGAAUGGUUCUAGUGGAAGUUUUGCUGUGACUGGAUAUCUUGGUCGUGAAGGACACUCAAGGAAAAACCUUCAAUUUGUGUAUGUAAAUGAUAGAUUAGUGAAGAAAACUAGAAUUCAUAAGCUUGUUGGACAGACUAUGCUGAGCUUGCACACCCUGAAACCUAAAUACAAACUUCCAUCAGAUUCCCCAGAAAUCGCAAAAGAGCAUCAGUAUGUAUUCAAAAGUCCUCCCAAAUUUUCUGAUGUAUACCCAGUGUUUAUUAUGCAAAUAAGGUGCCCAGUGUCUGUGUAUGAUAUCACAUUUGAGCCAGCUAAAACCAUGGUUGAGUUUAAGGAUUGGGACUCAGUGCUUGCCUGUGUGGAAACCUUGACAAAACAGUUCAUUAAGGAACAAAAUGGAUUGAUUGCAGCUGCUAAAAGUGAGGUUUCAAUGGAAGAAGAAAAUGAUAGUCAGAACGUAGACUCUAAAACUGUUAAUGAAUCAAACAAAGAACAACCUGCAGUUAUCUCGGCUGAAAACUUGACUGAUGUGCUGCUAUCUAAAACAGCAAAACGACCAAACAAAUUUGAUAUUACAGACACUGACAGUGAUCAAUUCAAAACUCCACUUGCAACAAAUGGACAGCGUCCACUUUGUAAAGAAGCUUUCGGUCUAGGGCAGCGCAAUAUUGGUGCUGAGACAGAUACUGAUAUUGAUUCAACACAGGAGAUUUUAUCACAGCCUGAAGGCUCAAUGUCAUUUGAAUUAGAUGGCAAAAAGAAAUAUGCAACGAAAUGUACCUCAAAUGUUUUCAACAAAAAUGCAUAUGAUGAAAAUGAAUUAAAUAAGAAACAAAUUGCUACAAAAGAAAAACAGAAACUCCCCGAUCUUCCUGUGUGCAGUUUAUCACGCUUUAAGCAAUCAAUAGGAAAGUUUCCUAGCAAGCAUUCUGCUGCAAGUAUUGAUGAAAGCCUGAAAAGAUUGCACAGAAUUAUUCCCCAGGUCUUGAAGCCAGGUACAAAGAGAUUCAACAGCUCUCUACAGAGGUUCCGAAGAAUAGUUGAGACAAAAGAUGCUGUUACUGAAAAUCCAGAAAAUAAAUAUAUCUCACUGGGUGAAAGGACUGAUGUUCACCCUAUGCAAGAAAGGUUUUGGUCAAGAAUUGUCCAUUCGAACAAGUCUUCAAAAAAAACGACAUUACCAGGAAAACACAAGAUAUUGCCAGAUGAACACUCAACAGUUCCAGAGAAAAUCUCAAACCAUGAUGUUCAAAGUACAUCAAAUACCAUCAGUGAUGAAGAAAAUACUCCCACAGCUGCAAGGCCAAUUAUGACUAAACCUUUAUUGUCAAAUGAACAGACUUCAUUUUCUUACAUUCCAUGCUACUCUAGCGACAAUAAAUUGAUAGACCAAAGCAAGGGUGAAGUAGAACCAGAAUAUACUGCUGUUAAACUGAACACACCAAAAAUAAGUGUCGCCAGUGCUAUAGAAAUCUUAAAUAUGAAAGAUAAACAAUUAAAUGAAAUUGAUCACCACAACAAUGAAUUUUGUAGAAGCUCUCAAUCCGCCUAUGAACUUCCUGAUCAAAUGGAGGGUAGUCAUGGUCGGAAAAGGGCCUUUGAAUUUAACCUAGCUGGAGAAAAAGUAGCUGAAAAAGUUUGUAAGAUUUCUGAUUCAGAUGCUGAUAACUGUGAUCAAGAUUUGUGCAAUAGGUCUACCAUUCCCAUUUGUAUAAGUAACUGUGAUUCGAAGUUGGAAGACGGCAUUCAAACAAAGAUUGACAUGUAUAGUAACAAUACCAAUGAUGAAAACAUAAUGCAUAUGGAAGAAAUUGCCUGUACCCAGAGUUUUGUUCCACAAUUAACUGAUAUAAAUGAAACUGAUGAGCUAGACCCCAACAAUGAAAGGAAUGUUUUGAAAACUUCAGAAUCAUAUGGAUUUUCACCAAUCAAAAACACAGAUAAUGUGGAAAUAAAAUCACCUGGAAAUGUUUCCACUGGCUUUUCACCUAUUUCUGAAAGUGCCUUUAUUGAAGAUCAGGUUAAAAGAAAUGAAAGUGAAAGUAAUGAUGUAUAUGCUUUCAGUGAGUCACAUGUUGAGCAUGUCUCUGAAGAUGACAACAAAAAGGCAGCUAAUGCUACUGAAAAAUUUGCAAAUUCUGAAUCUGAAAACCAUACCUGUGAGUCUGUCAGUUUAACUCAGCUUCUGCACAAAAUUUCUGACCAGGAAUGUGAUGGUGUGGGUCCGCAUGAUUUUGAAAUUUCAGGUAGCCUCCACCAAAUUGGAGAGAAAUUUACAUUUAGUGACAUCUUUGACAAAUCUCAAGCAAGUGUGAAUUCAACAAGUGAUUCUAUAAACGAUCUUAUUUGUGAUAAAAUUGACAAGUAUAUGGAAGAUGAAUUUUCACAGAACGAUGUAAGUGAAAGAACUGUCAAUGAGCUGGAGAUUUCUACUGAAACUUCUCUUGUCUUCUCUGAAGCUGACUGGGAAGGUGGGGCUGUGUCCAUGGAAACAGCAACUAAUUCUAACAAUUAUGCUGGUUGUGAUGGCGCUGAAAACAAAAGAAUAAAUACCAGAAAUGAAAAUAGCUAUUCUACUGGAACAUCUGGCAAAGAGCAUGGCUGUGUUGAAAAUGAGACAAAGAGUCAUCAGUCAUCAAAUGAAGAAAAUGUAGUAGAAACAAAUAUGAGAAAGCUUCAUUCUGUAACAGGGCAAGGUCUUACCAGGGAAGAAGACUGCAGUGCUAUAGAAACAUCUGGAUCCUCCUACAGUGUCUGUUGUGACGGAAACUCCAGUCGAAAUGGUGACAUGGCAGAUGAAAACUUUGCAACUAGCACAGGAGGAAGAAAUGAGUGGAAAUGGGAGGCGAAUGAGAUGGAAGCAGCUGGCAGUUUGUUGAAGAAUUUAGAAAAAGUCAUGAAGGGCAGUUUGCACGUGCCAAUACCAGACUUCUCGUACCUGAGGCCCGGCGAGUCAGUGCAGAACCUGAAUACCUGCACCUUCAACAAAGCCAGCCUGAAAAAUGUCAAGGUGCUUGGUCAGCUGGACAACAAGUUUAUUGCGUGUGUGUUUACUGCAGCCCUAGAUCAGACUGGCGAUGCAGGAACGGAGAUGCUGGUGCUGGUGGACCAACAUGCUGCCCAUGAAAGAAUCAGGCUGGAGCUCCUCACUGAAGGUGCGUACCUGCACGGUGAGAAGGGGGGACAGCUGUUGUCGUACAAGGUGCCUUCCCCCAGACAGCUCACCUUCACAGAGAAUGAGACCAGAAAUGUUCUAGCCUUCCAGGAAGAGUUUACUAGGCUCGGUAUAGUGGUAGAGAAGGAAAGCCCUUGCACAGUUCUGGUCACUUCCGUCCCUGACUGCCUCGUACAGAAGACUGCCACAGCUGACAAAAUCUACUGGAACACCAUUAAGGUGUUGAUACUAGAACACAUUGGAGUGUUCAUGUUAACAAGAGGGGCCCAAAGCAUCGUACCCCAAACAAUCAACAAGGUUCUCUGCUCCCAGGCUUGCCAUGGUGCCAUAAAGUUUGGUGACAGCCUGACAUUAACAGAGUGCCAUCAGUUGAUUGGGGACCUGUCCCACUGCGACUUGCCCUUCCAGUGUGCCCAUGGGCGACCCUCGGUGGUACCCCUCCUGCCUAUGGACAGCCUCAACACAAUGCCAGCUCAGCCAAGAAGGAAGCCGAAUCUUUCAAAACUGAGGACAAGGAUUGCUCCCACUCAGGAUUAAUACUUGAAAUAUGUGUUUUAUGAUGAGAAAUCUGGGAAGUAAUGAAUGACAUUUUUUCUGUGAUAAACAUAUUCAUUUAUAUGUCCAUUUAAUUUUCCUGUGAUAUAUUUAUUUAUGAGUACAGUUGUUAUUGCUUAUUUUAAUAAAGACUAGUUUUGAAUGUUUAUAUGUUUUCUAAGUGUUACAGAAAUAUAAUUAAAUAAAUUUACA